AAGUGCGCGUCCGCUUCAGCAAUCUGUUCGUGCUGAACGACGUCGGAGUCUUCCGGUUUUCUUUUCUAUAUUUUUUUACUUUUUUUCUUACGAUCUAGGAGCGUCGCCCAGCUGUAGCACGAUUCCGCACUCCGUAGUUUCCACUCGAGUCGCCAUCGAAAUGGGCCAUCGCGCCCGUGCGUUGCAGAGAAGCGGCGCACAGCGAGCGUUUAGCUUCAGCGCGCGCGAGUCCGCUGUUGCUGCGCGUCCCAUCGAUCGAUGAGGUCGUUCCUUUCGCCGGCUCUCCGCCACCGCCGUGAUGGCGCCGACUUGUCUCGCGCACUCGUACGACCGCUCGAAUGAAGACGACGACGCGGAGCCAGCCUUCUUCUAGGGGCCCGCCGCUACCCGGGAAAGUGUCGGCGGCAAGAAAGUGGACAACGCCAUGCCGUAGCCCGUGGCCGCCGUGCUACUGGACUUUCCCUCCGAGCACCUUCUUCACCCUAGUAUAUUAACCUUAAUCAAAAACCCUCACUCUAAGCACAUUAAAGUAUAAAAGAAGGAAAGGACAUCAACUAAAACCUUUAAAUAUUGACAGAGCUGAUUGGCACUUAACAAGUUCACCAGGAUGAGUGGAAUGGCCGAGGACUUGGCGGGCACCGAAGAGGAACCCGACUAUUCGGUCUUUGAAAACAAAACAGGGCUGGCCGAAGACAUGAAGUUUCUGGCAAGCAUGCCAGAACUUUGCGAUGUAACUUUUCUCGUGGGAGACACGAGAGAGCCCGUCUGUGCCGUCAAAGCCGUGCUGGCCGCACGGAGCAGGGUAUUCCACAAAAUGCUGUAUGGUGGCUUUCAAGGAACUCCAAAUCGUGAUCGCGACGCCUCGUCGAAAAAAAGGGAUCUAAACAAAGAGACGAAAUUGAAAUUGUUCUUGAAGAGAAGCAGUGAGCCUAUGCUGAACAUACAGUUUCCUCAGCCACAGACACACCAGACUCUGAUCAUAGAGGAGUUUGAGCCUGAUGUAUUCAGGCAACUCAUUGAGUACAUACACACUGGCUGUGUCACCUUGCAAGCCAGAACACUCCUGGGUUUGAUGAAUGCUGCCGAUUACUAUGGACUGGAGGAAUUGAGGAAGGGCUGCAUGGGAUUUGUCCAAUGCUGCAUUAGCGUUGACACAGUGUGCGCACUGCUGGCGUCAGCAGAACGUUACAUCCAGUACAAGUGUACAAAGUCGCUUGUCCAGAAGGUGCUUGAAUUUGUCGACAACCAUGGCAAUGAGGUGUUGAGCCUUGGCUCAUUUGCCCUGCUGCCAGAGCAUGUUGUACGACUCAUAUUGUCGCGUGAAGAACUUACAGCUGAUGAGCUCACAAAAUUUCAGGCUGCUGUACACUGGAGCAAGCGGUACUGCGACACCAUGCCGGAGGCGGAGCUCCGGGAGGUGAUGGGCAACUUUCUCGAGUGUAUCGAGUUCUACAAGAUACCGGCGGGCGUGAUCAUGCGGGAGGUGCACCCACUGGGCGUGGUGCCGGACCACGUCAUAAUGAAUGCACUCGCCUUCCAGGCAGAUCCCUCCAGCGUCGACAUGAACAAGAUCAGCUCGCCCAACCGCUUCCGUCGAUCCACCAUAUUCAGUGUGUCGCCCCUCAGGUCGAUGUCGAUAGCUGACCCGUCUCCCGGGAAGCCGCCCGAAAGCGACAACCAGAUCAACGCAGAGGUGGACAAGGCCCAGACUAAGACCAGGGGCCGCAGCAAGAGCACCUUCUCCCGGCCCUACCGGCGCAGCAAGACCUUGGCCGAGAGCUAAGGGCCGUCUCCCAGCAACUGAGUCUGUCUCUUGUCCUUCUUCCUUGCUUGGCUCGCCACUGUGUGCACUCAUGCAUGGCGCUGUUGUGGUCAUGCGAGGUUGCUCAGAAUUCCUUUUCUUAAGCAGUGUCUUGCGACAUGUUUUUAGCAGGUACCCUGCCCUCUUUAGUGUUAACUGCACUAGCCAUGUUUCAUGUCUUUUUGUUUUUUCCUAAUGUUAGUGGGCCCACUACUGCAUGCACUCUCCCUUCUGUCUCCCAGUAGCACAACUGCUCUGCUGAAUGUGUCCUACUCGAAUUCUAAGAAUUUUCGCUGGGAAACCCUCAUUUACUUUCAAGGUUUCAUUGAACAGCCUAAAGGCUUUGUGUGCCAUUAACCAAUCUUGCAUGAGGUAAAGCGUAGCAAAGAAUGCCUGUUCCAUUUUUUUUUGCUGUCUUUUAGCUUAGAGAGAAUGCAGUAUACAUUAUGACAGUAUGUAAGAAUAUUACAUAUUAACAACGAAAGGUUUUCAUUGUCUGAGGUCCUUAAACUUGUAUUGCACAGUGUUACGAUACAGAGGCAUGACCCAUCUGCAGCGGUUCACCCUUGCCAAAUUUGAAUCGAGCAACGAGUAUGACAGAAGAGAACAAGAAACUAGGAAAUGUAGUGCAGAUAAACGGGAGACCACAACAUCCGUUCAGUUGUCACAUGGGUGCCUCACAACUGUUUGUUUAGCAUGGCAUCACUUUUGCAUGCACCGUGUGCUUUUCCGUUUGCGUCAGUGAGCAAGAAACUGCAUGAGAAAAGCGCAGUGGCCCAUGCCUGUGUUUUCGCACACGUGGUGGGGAAAUGCGAGCCAAGGUGGAAGGACCUGAAAUACUGCUUUAUUCAGAGCUGUCUCAUCAUUCCUUGUGGCGGGGAACUGGUUCCCUAUGUCCCACAAUAGCUGGCACGAAAGGCUCCUGCCUCUUUUUGAGAAGCGUAUAAUCGUAGCAUCUGGCAAAAAUUGCACUUGUGAUGUCGUGGGACACCUGUAUUGUCUGUCAUGUCAGUAACAAAGAAGGAAGUGUCUGUUCUCAUGGUUGAUAUAGUACUGUAUAAUUUUUUUCGUCUUGCCCGUAUGCGAUCUCUUAAGAUUUUAUUAUAAAGACUGUAAAUCAGUGCUUUAUAUAUAUAUAUAUAUAUCAAAUGCACAGUGUAUGGCCAUUGCCAAACACAAUACAGUGCCUCAUUAUUUUGGGGCAGAAGAACACAUUCUGUGGAAGGACAGGUCAUGUUUAAUGGCAUUAGAAGCACAUUAGGGGAGUAGUACUCAUCUUUCAGAAAGCCGAAUCUUUAAACCCUUUCUUAGAAGACAGACGAUGGCAUCUCCAACAGAUCAUUUUCCAUUAGAAUUCUAUUAAAAGGGCACUAAAGGCAAAGUGAAGUCAAUAUUGACUGUUGAAAUAGUCAUCCAGAAACCUCGUAGUGCUAGUUUUCUGCCAAGGAAGUGCUUCUUUUGAAAUUAAUCACAUUUUAAUGGUCCGCAUCAUGUUAGUGCACUUCAAAUCACCCGCGCCUGAAAGCGGUCUUUUAGACGUCACUGUUACCUUGCCAAAUGUUGCUCGCUUUUACUACGCGGCUGCCGACACCAGUAGCAGCAGAGUGAAAGUAGCGGGAACCACAGUAGCAACAACAGCCAUUGAACAAUUUUCUGCAAUCUCGGAGGCCAUCAUUCUGGUUGCUUGGUUAAUUUUGCUCGUUAUAUGACACCACCUAUCCAGGCUAACCAGCCGAAAACAUUAACUUUUGAACAUCUCAUGCCAUUUCGGGGAUUAACGUCAGGCGGUUCUUUUUUUCUGUAAAUCAAACAAACGGACAAGCAGCAUAAUAUAUCUCUUAAUGCAUGGAAAUUUUUUUUAUUGCAGUUAGUUUGAUUAGUAGUGAUCAACUGUUGGCAGAAACUCUCACAUCAUCAAGAUCAUUUCGCAAAUGUCCCACUCGUGGUGCAUAUCGUGGGAGCUUAACUUCUUGGUAAGUAAGGCACUGCUGUUGAUAAUAUUGCCAUUUUAGACAUUGUCAUACAUUAAGCUUUCACUGUGACGUAAAUUGUCCUUUCCCUUCAGUGUCCCUUUUAAGUGAAAGAUAGUUGGCAACCACAGCACCAGUGUGUGUGAUAUUCACAUAUAUAAAUUUUCAUUCACGGUCGGUUGCAUUUUCCUUGCUCAUGAGUAUGAAGGGCCUUGGAUAAUUUUCUAACAUAGCCAGCUGCCAGUUUUAACAUAUUGGUUGUUACAAUUUUCUUUCUUCAGCUUUUUCUUGGGUGCUUCAAACCAUGUAUCUACUGACUAUUCGUGUAUUCACUGGCUCUGAGAUAAUCAUUAAACUCAAAAGGGCGCAGUAGGUUGUGUUGGCAGUAUGCCACAUUCAUUAGCAGUCAAGGGUAUUCUUAUAAUAGCUUGUUUUAUAGUUUAGCUGUUGCUGCUGUAGCCUAGAUUAUUACUCUGCUGUAUGCAUCGCGAGGUCAAAAGCAGUUCAAGUUGCAUAGCUAUGCUAGCUAGUUUGGUGUUUGUUAAAAUGUAGUCUUAUAGACAGUGCAACUAUGUGUCUGCCAUCUUUGUCAAAUUCAAGUCUUACAGUGUCCAGUUUUAAUACUGUGUUUUUUGAUAGCUGGCAACUGUCCCAAACAUUGAAAAACUAUAGGAAAUAGAUAAUAAUUUCAACAUUAAAUGUUUAAUGCCCAGGUGUGACUGUGGAAUUGCAUCUGCUGAACAAUUACUUCCAGGCAUUACAUAAGUGCAACAUUGACAUUUCAUGUUGCAAAAUAUGUGUUAAGUAUCAUCCCUUCACAUCAGAUUGCGCCUUAUUGUUAGAUUUCUUGCUCAGUCUGGGAGUUUGUUACCUGUGGUAGUAGGAGACUGGCCAAUUGAGUAAGCGAUCACUUGGUUAUCAACCUCGCUGUACUACUUGGUGUACUGCUAAGUGAGCUGUUUACUUUGUUGUUACUAGCACUGUUAUCACUUGUAGAACUAUUCAGGGGCAGCUAGCUAUAUGACCAACAAGGAGAAACAAGUAUUUACCAGGCAAUGAGUCGACUAUGGCCAACAAAUUCAUGACACGUAGCACAGGAACAGCAGGUCUUCAUGCUAUCCUGUGUCUCUGUGAUUGAAACAUGUGGAGUUGAUAAUACUUUAGUGGGUUUUUUUUUUCCUCACACAGCAGCACCCUUUUUCUAGGUUGCUUCAACUGAAUAUUAAAGCACUCAAUGCCAAACAGAAUGCUUUCGUUACCAAGGUAUAGAAGCACCAAAGCCUAACGAGAGUUGUAAAAACACAUGGUUCAUUAAGCACUUCAUAGCUCUCAUCACUUGAUUUCAUCUUCUGUCAGGUAAUGUGUGCGUUGGUCUGCGAACCUUUGUAACAAGUAGUACGUCAUUUGCAUGUGUCAACCUUGCACAUUAGUUUAUAAAACACCCACUCAAGAGUUGUCACUUACCGUUAUUGAAUUUCAUUCCUCAUUAAUUCUUUGCAAGUAUAUUUCUGAAGUAACUCGAGCAGAUCAUGAAUUGCAGGCGCAGCUAUUGCGAUAAGUUGAAAUGUUGCAGACAUGCAUGUUAGCAUAGCAACCAUUCAUUAAAAAAACCAAAUUAUCUUUAACUGAUCUUCCCAUAAAGUAGUUGGAGAUUAUCGAUGCAGAGUUCGUUGCCGGGAAAGCUAUAUUGAGCUCUUAUCAUUUGGUUCUACCAGCUGGGCAUUUUCCACAGUGGCGAGACAUUGUUCUGCAGUGGUUUCCGUGUGGUCUAGGACAUGUUUAUUCUGUAAUGUGUCAAUGUACUACAUGCAUGUGCGUUUGCCUGUAUAAGAGGACUAUGGCAUCAUUGGCAUGUUGUUGUCACAUUAUCAUUGUUGUUCAUCACCUAGUGCGUUGAUUGUGAAAGCAUCGAGCUUUUUUUGGUGUUUCGGCACAUAGACCCACCCAUUCCCAAAGACGAAGAUUGCUCAAAGUUCACCUUCCACUGUGUGUUACCAUUUGAAGAAAGUGUGAAAAACCAGUGUUGACGCCUGUGCUCUCUCCCCCAAAAAUGAGAUGCUUCGAACAUUCUAGCGUUAACCAUCGCUUGUAUCUUAGGUGUACACCCACAGUGCAUACUGCACCGAGUAUUGAAGCCACAUUCAAGACAAACCAUAUAGUUUUGAAAAAAAAAAGAAUGCUAUUUUUAAAUUUCUUAUGCCUCACAUACUUCUAUCCAGCUUUGUCAUUGAGAGAAAAUAUGCAUAUAAUAUAUACACAUAUAAUAUGUAAUGGUUGUAAUUUCAAUGCCUUAAUCGGAAGCUCUUCAAUAUGCUGUGAUACAGUAAUGCCCUGCAGUGUUUGGUGUGUCUGCAGAUGCGUUAUCACCGACUAGAUCUGCCGAAAGAGAUCAUGCUUAAAAGUGGACAGAAACAUAGUUGAGCCGUCUUCCUGCCAGGAUCUAGUGUCCAGCCCUCAUUCAGAUCAGUUGUAAUUCCUGUAGAGUACAUGCGUGUCAUCGUUCAUGAACCCUAUUGUGAUUGUAUUCAUUUAAGUAGCUAGCUCUGUUAGUUUGGCGAGCUGCUGAAGCAGUUCACGCAGACAAGGACUCAAAAGUGAUAAACAGUAGUAGCGAUAGAAAAGUCCCCUUAGAUGUCUUUGCACUGCAGCCUAGCAAUCGCUCUUUCUGAUUGCUCAGUGGAAAUACAGUUUUUAUCAGUUUGUAAAAAUUGUUAUGCUGCUGCCCUUGCUUGCUACUUAGUUGCCAGUAGUACUUAAGUGCCCUAGUCUUUUUUGUUAUAUAUUUGGCAGCACUGAGCACUGUUUGUGCAAUAUAGUAUAGCUAACAAUAGCUCCACCCUUGUAAAAAUUGCUGCAAUGUGUCCACAGUGCAGAUGUGUAUAUGAGGUACUGUUGUAAGAGCAUCAUUUUAAACCAUUUUGGAAUGCUUAUUCUGUUACCUUAGUCAGCUGGUUUGCCCACCUUCCACAGCCAUCUUGCAAUCUAAGUAAUGUUUUGCAAUGACUGUAGGACUGGAAAAGGGGUAAGGCCAGAUGUCAGCUGAUGCUGUUGCAAUUUCUGGGGUUCGAUCAUGUCAAAAAGUGUUUAUAGCUUGUUGCAGAAGAGCAUGUUUUGCUAUUUAUUCUUGAAGUUAUCGUUGUGGAAUUGCCGUGCUGACUGUACGCUCAGUGGAGCACUUUGUUGUGGCGCCCGCCCUGUUCGUCCAAGUAAUGUUGUCAGUUAAGGUAAUAUGAGAUGUAGUUGUAAACAGCACAGCAGAAUAUAAAUGUUAUCCGUAAGUAUGGAAAGCAUAAGCUCUAUGCACACAGAAGUUGGGGCAGUGCGGUGUCUUUAUCGUUCUGCCUUUUGGCGGCAUCCUUCACCAGUUUUCUCUAGUGUGAACACACGUUUGUAGUAACCCCAUUAUCACUCACUGUCUGCCCCUCAGGAUUGUAUUUUUGUAAACGUGGAGGUAAGAAUAAAAUGUGUCUAUUAAAGUCUG